AUGGUGAAACCGGAUUCCACCCGGUCAUGGGGUUACGCCAACCCACUUGGAAAGAUCAUGCUCCACAACAACAUCAACACCGGUCCGGGUGUUCUUCUCUCAUCAAGCAAAAUAAUUAGAUCCCGCAAAUUCCUGGAGAAAAAGCAGCCGGCCUCCGGUUCUUCAGGAGGCCGAAUAAAGAAAGCAGCAGCUAAGAAGCCUGCUCCGGUAAAGGGCGGACCCGGAGGCAAGAAGGAUAAAGAACCGAUAGUAUUCACGGAACCGCCCUCGGAAACACGAGAUGAGGAAGAUUCGGCCUUCACGUCUGACCGAACCGCCUCGCAGAAAUCUGAUGAAAACCCUUCUGAUAAAGAAGGACCAAUUGAAGAGAAACAAUCGGCCACAAGUCUUGACAAUGUCGGUGCGGCCGCAAGCCUUGAAAACACCGAUGCCGGUGCAGACGGCCGUGGGGAGGAAGAGGUUCCCGCUGACAACGACCAGAAGAUGGCCGAGAAAAUUGUACGCAAAGUCUUAGAAGAAAUUCAUCUGCAAGCUAAAAAGGCAGCACAAGCAUACAGUGAGUGGUUCCUGAUCCGGUGCAAUAAAUUCUUCAAACAUGUGUUACCGGACCUAACCACCGGACAAAGAUUUGAAAGAAUUUUGGAGAUAGAGGAAGACGUUAUCAGACUCACAAAUGUCGAAGAUCCUAACGAAGCCAUGGACCGACACGCAAUAGUGGAACCACGUGCUCGGCUACAAAAGCUAACCGCACAUAUACGAAAGCUAUCAGAACGAUAUGUUGCGGGAGCACCGAAGGCUAAAUUACAACUCCUGGUGUUGGAUAUACUUAAAGUCAAGAAAGGAGAAUUCAUUGACGAGAUAGAGCGGCUUGAAGCGGUACGCAGACAGCGAGAUACAACGUACUCUCCGCGUCUUGAGACCGAUGACGGUCAGAAUCGAGGUGAUACGCCUCCUCUAGCGGAUCCGGUCAUCAACGAAACCGACGAAAGGACGGAGACUCCUUUCACCGGGCCACUUGAAACUAAUCAACCUGGGGAUUCAGAAUCGGUCGUUACAGAAGAAAGGGUUAAGACUCUCAUUCAAGAGUUUGCCAAAAGAAAGGUUCGACCAUGGAAGAGGAAAAUCAAGAAAGCCGCGCUUCAAACAAUCAAGUUAUCUAAAACAACGAGGGAUGAUCUUGUGAAAGCAGAUGCCCGGAUCACAGAGAUCGAAGCCGACUACCGGGACGAUACCAUUCUUCACAACGAACAUCUUAAGCGAACCGAAGACUUGGAAGAUAAGACCUCCAAGAUGUUGGAUGACUUGGAACGGUUUCAAGAGAAAACCGAUCAACGACUCACAAAGGUAGAUGAGGACCUAGGGCGGUCAAGCACCAAAGUCGGUUCGACACUUGACAGGGUCACAUAUCUUGAAAAGAAGAAUGCAAGUCUUGAAGAGCGCAACGACAAGCUUGAAGCCGACCUCAAGGCGCUCACCGAACAGGUGACUGAGUUGAUAAAUGCCAAGCUUAAUGCUGAUAAAGCGGUUGAGGAAGCAAACGCUCGAGCGGCUAAGGAUAUCCAGGAUGCGCUGGACGAAGAAACGCGGAAAGCGAAGGAAGCACCGCGAUUGACUGAUGAGGAAAUAGCCGUACGCGCACAAAAUAUAGCGGCCAGAAAUCCGGAACUCGCAAAAAUCAUGGCGGCAAAACAAGUCGAAGAGGCCAAUCGGUUAAAAGCUCAGCAAGACACAUACCACAACUUCGAAAAGGCUCACAAGAGGACCAAGGCGGCUUCCUCCUCUUCGGUUCCGGCAACACGGAAAAGGAAAACACUCUCAAAGAAGGUUCAAGUCACCGGGAUGCUGGAGAGGAUCACCGAGACGAUUAUUGAAACUCCACCGAACCCGGCUAUGCAAACCGAGGAUGAAAUCGAAGAGAAUCUCGAGCCGCGAUCUACAAGACAGCGAGUUCUCAAUACGGCUUCAAUCAGCACGGUCGGUCAACCGCAAACUGGAGGUUCAUCUUCAAGACCGGCUCAACCAGAUGAGGAACAACCAACCGAUGACAUGUUGAAAGACUUCCUGCCAUUUGAAUCAGAAUAG